GCAGAUGACGACCGCAAGUCGUAUCCAUGUGGCUGCAUGUCCGGCUGUGACAAAAUUCUGUGAAACUCGUCCAUCGCCAAUCACGCGAAGAGACGAAAAAAUCCGUGCUUUUGCUCGUUCUGUUCAAGAAAUUACCGAAUCCGAAGAGGAAGAGGAAUCGCCGAUCGUCACGCCCCGGGAUGCAGUUCGAUCACCAUUUGCACUUGUGGACUCACCCUUCAUUCAAAGACGUUGCACAUCAAUGUCAAGCCCCUUGACGAUAAGGAAAACCAAUCCACCAAGGCUGAUUCGAGGCUUGUCAGAUCCUGGACUGCGUCGUCCGAGUUUUGGCACUCAACCGCUUAGUCCGAAAUUUCACGAGGAAACGCUCGGCUUACCUCCAAUUCCCGAAGCGACGUCACCAGUCACUCCUGUUGCGAAAUCAUUUGAUGAAAAGGAUAUGGAAGAGAAAUGA